AUGUCCCUUUACGCCAGUAAUACAUUUCCAACAAAGCAUAUAUCCAACGGCUUCGCGUCACAAAUGGAAGAUAAAUCUAGGAGUAAAAUAAUCUUUUUGGACGUUACUCCGGCGCAUUCAACUUAUAUGAGACCCGCUUCCAAGAACUCAAUAGCACCGAUAAAGGAUAACUUAAUUAUACCAGAGAUAUACAGGGAUAUAAUCUAUGAAAAUAUAAAACCUGUGUUUAUCCUGCUUCGCGUGAUGGGUUUAUUGCCGCUAACCCGACCUUCGCCUGGUCUAAACCAAUUCUCUAUAGCGUCUCCUUCUAUGCUCUAUUCAUUGGUGGUAUACUCCUGCUUAGUUGGGUACGUGUUAUAUCUCUCAUUACACAAGGUACAAAUACUGAGAACGGCUGAGGGGAAAUUCGAAGAAGCUGUCAUCGAAUACCUUUUCACCGUGUAUCUGUUUCCGAUGCUGGUCAUCCCAAUAAUGUGGUAUGAGACACGGAAGAUUGCUAAUAUUCUAAAUGGAUGGGUGACGUUUGAGGCUUUACGCCACAUCGGUCCAGCGGGAAAAGUGGCCCAAUACCGCGCCCUCUGGCUUCGUCUGAGUAAACUAGCUCGCGACACCGGCCUGGCAAACUGUUACACCUUCACUUUUGUCAAUCUUUACCUCUUUCUAAUUAUAACUCUGUCUAUUUACGGACUGCUGAGUCAAAUAUCCGAGGGUUUUGGGACAAAGGAUAUUGGUUUAGCUCUCACGGCCUGCUGCAGUAUAUUUUUGCUGUUCUUCAUCUGUGAUGAGGCUCAUUACGCGUCACAUAAUGUGCGUACGAAUUUCCAAAAGAAACUGCUUAUGGUGGAACUAUCUUGGAUGAACACCGACGCCCAAACAGAAGUCAACAUGUUUCUGAGGGCUACAGAGAUGAACCCAUCGCAAAUUAGCCUAGGAGGUUUCUUUGAUGUCAACCGACAUUUAUUUAAAUCCCUACUGGCAACAAUGGUUACCUACUUGGUAGUUCUACUUCAGUUUCAAAUUAGUAUCCCAGAUGAAAGUAUACCAAACGAUGAGAACGAGACUACUGAAAAUAAUACAAUUGUAAAUAGUGAAGGACCAGUUAUUACUACAGUAGCCACUAUUCUAACAACACUUGCUAAAACGAGAAAGAAAAAUUAA